AACUAUAGCUGUAUAAUGACUGCGAAAAGUUGCACAUGUCAGCAUAGAUGAAAGGCUAUCCUCUGCAUGACAGUGGCGCUGUAAAGUAGUAUAUCGAGAAAGGCAUGUUUGCAGUUCUGCAUUUUAUAGUUGCAACAGAUGAGACUGGGAUACGAGGAGAAGAGGAUAGAACGGUCAUUUGAGAUCGUAUCCUAGAAGAUGACCUGCAUGCACAGCAUCCAGCCGUUCCCUUUUUCAGCACGACGGCCUAUGCUGCCUGUGCCAUGUGCACCUUACUUAGGGAGUUCGAGACGAGAGCAUUGUCCAGAAGCCAGCACGACUUCACGACCGCAGGUUAAAGCCAAUGCAGUGCAAAACAAGAGUAGUGGGUAUGCUGUGUUUGUGCCAGCUAAUUGCUGCAAAAACCAGCAGAUCAGAUUUCCUUCAAGACCGCAGCAGCGAGUCCGCUUGCGAUGGAGGCAUUCUUGCCCAGCUAAGCAAUCACAGGAACAGGAAGUGCCGGUCCUUCCAACACCGCCAAAACCAGCCCCCAAAUUUGCCAAGAAGGACUUGAGGAGGAUAAAGCAGGAUGGUCCCACGCUGGAGGAUGUGACGCAAUCACUGCCCUUCACGCUGAAGAGGGAGGGGGGCACCAGGGAGGAGUCGGAGUACAAGUGGGUGCCCAAGGAUGUCAUCACGGCCUCAGGCCAGUAUGUGGCAAAGGAGCCGGAAUGGACAAAGCUUCACCAGAUGUCAUACAUGGAGUUGUACCAGGGCUUGAGGGAGCGCAAUUGGACAUCCGAGUACUACAAGGAGGACUCAGAGCCCUGGAAGAUUGAAAUCUUCGAGGACAGUGGGCGGCUGAUGCAGCCGUCGUGGCCUGGAUUCAGGGCAACUGUCACUGACUCCAAGGGCACGACCUCCUGGGUCAACAUGCCUGCACCAGGGGCCGAGACCUACACACAUGACUUCAUGGCUGGUGGCACCAAGGGUGGAAUCUGGCGGCCACAGAGGGUACCCACAGAGAAUGUCUCCAUGCACCAAUGGGGCUACAACCAGGUAUUUGAGCAGCUCUUCCAGCUGUACGAGCAGCAGAUCCCCAAGAAUGCAGAGAAGGACUUCCAGAAGGAUCUGUGGGUGAACCAGAAGAAGUAUGAGUACACGUGCCCAGGCGAGCAGCUGGUGGAUGUCAGCUACAAGAUGACCCCCUGUCAGCCCACCCUCCACAUCUUCUGGAGCGACCUCACCGGCUACGCCUUUGCCGCCUUCGCAUUCUCCUUCCUCUUUAUUUCCCUGGGCCUCGGCAUCUUCAAGCCGCGGAAGCAGAUGCCCACGGACCCUAUCCAGGCAAUAGAGUUUGCGCAGAGCAAGGGGCAGGCGCGCAAGGACGGCCGCACCGGCGUCACUUUCGCGGACGUCGCGGGCUGCGACGAAGCUGUCCGGCAGCUCCGCUUCGUUGUGGAGUUCCUGAAGGACCCAGCCAAGUUUGUGGCGGUGGGGGGCAAGCUGCCCAAGGGCAUCCUGCUGGAGGGGGACCCCGGCACCGGCAAGACGCUGGUGGCCAAGGCCGUGGCCGGGGAGGCAGGCGUUCCCUUCUACCAGAUGGCCGGCUCCGAGUUUGUGGAGGCCAUCGUGGGUGUGGGCGCUGCGCGUGUGCGAGACCUGUUCAAGCGUGCUCGCGUGCAAGAAGGCCCCUGCAUCAUCUUCGUGGAUGAGAUCGACGCCCUCGGCACUAAGCGCGCCCAGGCUGGUGAGAAGACGAACGAGGAGCGGGAGCAGACGCUGAACCAGCUGCUGUCGGAGAUGGACGGCUUCACGGUGGACAGCGGCGUGGUCUUUGUGGCCGCCACCAACCGCAUCGACCUGCUGGACCCCGCCCUCAUGCGCCCCGGCCGUUUCGACGAGAAGAUCAAGAUCGCGCGCCCCGACACUGACGGCCGCUUUGACAUCCUCAAGGUGCACACGCGCAAGCUGAAGCUGGACGAGGAUGUCACUGACGACGUGCUGCGCCAAGUGGCACGUGACCUGCCCGGCCUGUCGGGCGCUGAGCUGGCGAAUGUGCUGAACGAGGCGGCGCUGGAGUGCGUGCGGCGGCAGGGGAGCCUGGUGUGCAGGGCCGACAUCUACAAUGGCAUGGACCGCAUCCUCCAGGGGCUGCGGCGGCCGUCGAUGCCGGCGACGUUCCGGGUGAGCAAGCAGUUUGCCAUCCACGAGAUGGGCAAAGCGCUGGUGGCCACGGUGGCGCGGCAGGCGCGCGAGUCCCAGGGCCUCAAGCCCCGCCUGGAGCGCGUCGAGCGCGUCUCCAUGGUCCCCCGCGGCCGGGAUUGGACGCGGACCAUCUUCCUGCGCGGCCCGGACGAGGACUACACGAUGUCCACCAAGGGGCGCAUGCUUGAGCGCCUGCAAGUCAUCAUGGCUGGCCGAGCCGCCGAGGAGGUGCUGUUGGAGGAGGGCCCGUCGACGUACUCGGUAUCGGACCUGCGCGACGGGGUGCGGCUGGCGCAGAAGAUCGUGGCGUCCUACGGCAUGACCGAGGCCGGCAUCACCAUGUACGCGCCCAAGCAGCGGCCCAUCGGCUUCAUGAAGCGCGCCUUCGAGGUGAGCGUGGACAACAUAGACAGGGAUCUGUUCGGGCGCGCAGUAAAGGGCGCCAUGUACCAGCCCAGCGACGAGACCAGUGACGGUAUGCGGACGGCUGCGCACAACCUCAUGCUGUCGGCAUACGAAGACAACCUGAGGGUGCUGAGGGCGCACAAGGAAGCGCUGGAUGCUGGGCACAGAGCGCUGCUGGAGAAGGAGGUUCUCAUGGGUGAUGAGGUGGAGCAGCUCAUCAUUGACUAUCCGCCCACAGAGCUCCCUCCCAGCGACAAUGGCUUGGCUGCACCCACCGGCCCAGGAAGUACGCCGGCCAGGGAGCUACCCGUGGGCGCAAGAGCUUGAUCUAGUAGGAACGGUGAAGGAGCGCUGCUUAGGGAACGUUUGGGGGUUUCGAAUUGGGUUGAGGGUGUUCAGAGCAUGCAGUGUCCAUGCAAGUUCAUCAUCAAGAAGUUUUAUGACGGGGGCAUACCUGUUGCUGCCGUAGAGAUGGCACCCAUUUGAGCAGCAUCACACCGACUCUGAAGACCAUUGAUGCAUCGACAAAAUGCAGCUUUUCUCCAAGCUGGAUCUUUUGUAAGGUGAUGCAUGCCGU